AUGGAAAACAUCGCAUAUGCUAAUGUCAUUGGAACCAUUAUGUACUCAAUGAUUAGUACCAGGCCUGAUCUGGCAUUUUCAAUUUCUCUACUCAGAAGAUUUAUGUCUAACCCUAGUAAAAUUCAUUGGGAAGCUUUAAAGUAUUUGUUAAGAUACAUUAAUGGCUUCACUGAUAUUGGGUUAAUUUAUAAAAGGAAAUGUGAUGUUUUUUAUCUUGUUGGAUAUGCGGACUCUGACUUUGCUGGUGACAGGGACUCUCGAAAAUCUACAACUGCUUUCUUCUUUACCUUAGGAGGUAAUUGCAUCAGUUGGAAGUCACAGCUGCAGCCUUUGGUUGCACUGUCUUCCACUGAGGAAGAAUAUGUGGCUGUCACUGAUGCUUUCAAAGAAGCCAUCUGGCUUUAG